AUGUGGCUCUUCGACGCCAUCCUCUGGUUCAUCUUCUGGCUCCUCGCCCUCCUAGGCCUCCGGGAGCGGGACCACGCGCGCGACCCGCCACACAAAUACACCUGGCCCGAGGCGCGGGUUCGCGCCGCGGCCCUCGUCUCCCAGAUGAGCGUGGACGAGAAGCUGAACCUCACGAGCGGACACGUCGGGCCGUGCCAAGCGAACACGGGCGGCGUGCCGCGCCUCGGCAUCCCGAGCUUCUGCUACAACGACGGGCCCGCCGGCGUGCGGCACACGGACUUCACGACGCAGUUUCCCUCGCAGUCCGCGACGGCGUGCUCGUUCGACCGCGGCCUCGUGCACGAGGUCAGCGCGCGCAUGGGCGCCGAGUUCGCCGCGAAGGGCGUGCAUGUCAUGCUGGGCCCGUUGGCGGGCGGGCCGCUCGGCCGAUCUCCGUAUUGUGGGCGCAGGUGGGAAGCGUUCUCCCCCGAUCCCUACCUCUCCUCGACGCUGUCGUAUGUCGCCGUGCGCGCCGCCCAGUCGGCCGGCACUAUCGCGUGCGCUAAGCAUUACAUGCUGUACGAGCAGGUGCCGGUGUGCUCCGGCCCGCCGGACGACGAGGGCAUGCCCACCGACUGCACGCAGGUGUCAGUGACUGCGGAUGGUGAGGUGACCGACCAUAAGACGGUGAAGGAGGUGUACCUCCCGUCGUUUGCUGAGGCUGUGCGCGCCGGCGUCGGCGCGGUUAUGUGUUCGUACAACCUCAUCAACGGGACGCCGGCGUGUCAGAGCGACAACGCGCUGAGCCGAAUCCUCAAGACCGAGCUCAAUUUCCAGGGAUAUGUCUUGAGCGACUUUGGCGCGGCGCAUUCGACAGCAGAGUCGGCAAACGCGGGCAUGGACCAGGAGCUUGAGGGCACGGUGUGGUGUGCGUCUGGUGCUGGCGGAGCUGAUACAGACGGCGACGAUUUGAAGAAUGCGGUCACAGCCGGCAAGGUGUCGGAAGACCGCCUGAACGACAUGGUGACGCGCAUCCUCAUCCCGUGGAUUGCGUUCGGCCAGAACGACAAGUGGCACGAGCCGAGCUACACACGCUGGGGCCUCGGCGACGCUGUCGAAAUUGACGACCGAUCUUUCGUGAACCAGCAUCUCGACGUACGGAAGAAGGAUCACGCCGAGUUCGUGCGCAAGGCGGCGGAACAGUCGCAUGUAUUGCUCAAGAACGAGGGCGUCCUUCCACUCGACCCCGCGAUCCGGCGCAUCGGCGUGUUCGGCAGCGACGCCGACUACCCUACGACGAUCUCGGGCUGCGGCCCCGACCUGUUCUGCACCGAGGGCGGGCGGCGGCACUGGAACGGCACAGUGACGGUCGGCGGCGGCUCAGGCGCCGCAUACGCAGCAUACAUCGUGCCGCCGAUCGAGGCGAUUUCGCGGCGCGGCCGCGAAGCCGGCAUGCGCGUCGACCACGUGCUGCGCGACGACGCGGCGUUCUUCCCCGGCAUCGCGGCGGUGGCUGGCACAGUGCAGAUGUGUGUCGUGUUCGUGUCCGUGUUCCUCAUGGAGGGGGCGGACCGGGCGGACCUGCGCCUCGACAACGACGGCGAGGCGUUGAUCAAGCAUGUUGCGGGGACGUGUGCGGGCGACGUCGUGGUGGUGCUGCACGCCGGCGGGCCUGUGGUCAUGGAGGACUGGAUCGAGCUCGAGCGCGUCAAGGGUGUGGUGUGGGCGGGAUAUCCGGGGCAAGAGAGCGGGAACGCGAUCGCCAACAUCCUUUUCGGGGAUGUCAACCCAAGCGCCAAGUUGGCGUUUACGCUGGGCCGGCGCGAGGCGGACUGGCCGCCGAACAGCAUUGUUCGUAAGCUGCCCAUGAUUGGCAAGCCCCGCACAGCCUUUGACGAACGCCUCGCAAUUGACUACAAGUGGUUCGAAGCGCAUGGACACACGCCGCGCUUCGAGUUCGGCUUUGGGCUGAGCUACACGACCUUUGAGAUGUCAGACUUGCGCGUGCGCGCCGAACACCGCAAAGACGAGGCGAUCAGCCAUACGGCGGAGGCGCACGUCGGCCCGCUGCAGCUCUACGACACGUUGUAUGUCGCGCGCGUCGAUGUGCGGAACACGGGUGAUCGGGAUGGCGGCGAGGUGCCGCAGCUGUACAUGGCCUAUCCUCCAGGGCAGCGCCAGCCGCCGCGCAACCUCCGCGGAUACGACAAGGUAUGGCUCACGCCUGGACAGCGCGUAACCGUCGAGUUUCCCCUGCGCAAGAAAGACCUCGCGGUGUGGGAUGUAGUCCAGCAGGCGUGGCGCGUGCCCGAAGGCGAGUUCACCUUCUACGCGGGCCACAGCUCGCGCGACCUCGUGCUCGAAACGACGCUCGUCGUCGAGCUGUAG